AUGCAAUUUUCCAUAUGGCUUCAAACUUUUCUCGAUUCUCUGUCAAGUGACAUAGAUGCAGAAACUUUUGGGGAAUAUAUUGAUGGCAUGCUACAGGAUGAAACUUUGGAUUCUAAUGAAAUCAUUGAGAGUAUAAGUGAUUUACUUGAAUCCGCAAUCCCCUCUAAAGAUGCAAUUAGAUGUAGUCAAGAAAUAUAUUCUCGCUUUCAGGAUCAAUAUGCUAAAUCAGAGGAAGAAACAGCUCCUACGACUACACAAGAAAAGGAUGGCACGAGCUCGUUGGAUAUUCUUGAAGAAACAAUGCGAUCGAUGCUAGUUGCAAGCAAGGAUCAGCAAGCACCUUCAGAAGCAUCCUCUAGUGCGCAAGGGCCGAAAUUGAAGAACUUGGAUUCGGUCACGGUGUCAAUACUACGAGCAGCCGGUGUGUCUGGUUACCAAGAGGACGAACAGGCGGAGGCCGAGCUUGCAAUCAAGCUUGCCAAUGCUGAAUAUGUUGCUAAACAGUGUGCAUCAAGUGAUGUGGUUGGUUAA